GAAGAUUAGGCCAAAAUUGACAUGGAUGGUAAUGUUGCUUGCAUUUCUUUGUGCACUCUUCGGGGGUUCAAUGGCACAAAAUUUGUUUGCAGCAAGUUUAGUCCUAACUUCAGCAACUUUUGCUACAGCUAUGAUUAAUCUAAUCCCUGGCAUCACUUUCGUUAUAGCCAUUUUCUUUAGGUUGGAGAAGUUGGGUUUGAAAACAAGGGCAGGGCAGGCAAAAGCGUUGGGAACAUUAAUUGGAAUAGGUGGGGCUAUGCUUCUCACUUUUUACAAAGGCUUGGAAAUUAAAACUUGGUCAACCAAAGUUGUCUUUAGUGGACAGAUGGCAGCUUCCCACCAACACCAAAAACCAUAUGCUCAUAUUUUGGGUCCUAUUUUGGCUAUUUGUAGCUGCUUUUCCACAGCAUUAUCCCUCAUUUUUCAGGCGAAGAUGAGUGAGUUGUAUCCUUGUCAUUUUUCUAGCACUGCCCUAAUCUCCAUUAUGGGAGCACUUCAAGCUGGAGUUUUUGCACUUUGUACUGAGAGAGAUUGGAGCCAAUGGAAAUUAGGAUGGAACCUUAGACUACUUAUAGUAGCUUAUGCGGGGAUAGUGGCUUCUGGAAUAACAAUCAUCUUUUUGAUGUUUUGUGUAAGAAUGAGAGGUCCAUUAUUCCUGUCUAUUUUCACUCCUUUAAUGCUUGUAUGUGUUGCCAUUGCCAGUUUCUUAUUUCUCAACGAGAAAUUACACUUGGGAAGUGUUAUAGGAGCUGCAAUAAUAAUAUUUGGAUUGUACGUGGUGCUGUGGGGGAAGAACCAAGAAAUAAAAAGGGCUUCCAAAUUGACACCUUCGCAGAGCAGUGAUGAAUUGGAGCAAGAAGAUAUCGUUUCUAACAACAAAUUAGAGACCAAUUGUAGCAAUGUUAUUGGAAUUGCUCCCAAUUUCCAUUCCAUGAAUGAAAUGGAAGAACUCUCUCUUCAACAAGUUCCAAAGGAAGAAGAAGGUUCUAAUAAUCUUGAUUCAAAGGUUUAGAAAUUUUCUCCAUAUAAUACAUGAACUGGGAUAAGAUGAUUAAUCUAUUGAUCUUAUAGUAG